ACAAUACAUAGAAAAUUCUGACAGCUCGGGACCGUCACAAGAAAAUAAUGUCGUUUUUAUUACAUUUUUUGAUAAAUUAUUAUUCUAGUUUCGGUUCGGCGGCGUUCCAACGGCCUUAUCGAUUUUCCUAUUUAGCGCGCUAUCGUAUUUUAUACAUUUUCGAAAGGUCCGCGGCGCGUCUAUGCGCUUUCGAAAAAUAUUUUACAAGUAUUUUCUCGGCGGCGAACGGACGUCGAGUGCGGUGCCGUAAAUUGGUAAUAAUUCCGUUGAUUACACAGUAAUAUAGUGUCCGAAUAUGGGUUAGUGAUGAUGAAUACGGACACGACGAGCGUUGACUUCUGUGAUACAAUCCUAUGAAAAAUGUUUGUGUUUGUGCAAGUUUUUAGUGCAUAGUUGGUUGAUAGUUUGUGUCUGGUGCAUUCCGAUUGUGAAAGUGCACGGCUUGUGUUAUUGUGCGUCGGAUGCUGCAGCUGUGGCCAUAGACCUGGCUGCACUUUGCUCGCCUGAUCGGUCUCUCAUACCAUACCACCGGGAUCAACAUUCCAAAUUCGAAAAAAGAAAAACAUAUGUACCUAAAACUGAAAUUAUAGAUUAUAAGUAAAGAUUAGAUUUUAAAAAAAAAGGUUACACCAAAAUCCAUAGCCAAACCUUUGAAAAAAAAACUGAUGACCUGCCUUUUGAAAACCAAAGUUUUUAUUAUAAUUUAUUUUUGGACUUCAAUAAGGACUCUGUGAAGGAAAAUGACUCCACAACAAUAUUGCCUGAGAUGGAAACAUCAUCAUACGAAUGUUCAAAAUAUGUUCGCUCAACUUCUCGAAAAAGAACGAUUCUGCGAUGUCACCCUAUACUGUUCGCCGAGUUUCGCGACGCAGGUCGGCGGGAAGGACACAGUGGACCCACAGAACAUAAGGGGAGUCUCUUUAAGAGCACACAGGGUGGUGUUAGCAGCCUGUUCAGAACUGCUCGGUGCGUUACUCGGAGCUCAUGAAGCUCAAGGGGAACCGGUGCUGGUGAUCGAUGGCGCCGAGCCAAGGCAUCUGAAGGCGCUUCUGGACUACAUGUACACUGGGGAAAUGAAUGUUCACCAUUCACAACUGGCGAGCUUAUUGAAGACUGCUGAGGAGCUCCGCAUCAAGGGUCUCACAGAUAUACGGUGGAACAACAAGGAUGAACCACCUGACUCUGAAGCAGUAACAACGGCGACGCCCACAGACCCGAAACCCAUAGAAAAGGUUCCUGAACCAAGACCCAUGGCAAAACCCUCACCGAAGGCCACUCCCUCUCCUAAGGCGACCCCUGAACCUGAACCAAGGCCCAAGAGGGAGGAGACAAGCGACGGAGAAGCUAAAGGAGAGAAAUUCAAUGUCAAUGGAGGUCCGCCCCCAUUAAUAAAGUUGCCAGUCAAAGAGAAACUAAGUCCUGCCAAAAGAGAAAAUUCUGAUUCAGAAAGCACAAGUCCAAAGAGACAGCGAUUAGCAAGUGGUACUGAACACACAGAUGACGAAACACAUAGUAAUGUACAUAAAUCAGAAAGAGAAAAGGACCAGGAAUGGCGAUAUGGAAACUUACAAGUGUAUGAACCUCAGGACAUCACGGCGGAGAGGGUGGUAGGGUGGGGCAUGAGGUCCGCCUCCCGGUCUACCUCCAGGGAUCCCUCCGACGACGAGUGGGCGGACGCGCCCGCAGACAUCGGAUCCUUCUUACAUACCAAAUUAAGGGUCGAUGGGGAUAACAGCGCUGACGAGGAGUCAAACGAGAGUGUCCCGACGCGGCUGUCAGCGCCCCCGUCAUCGUCAUCAUCCGCCGCAGCAUCAUCAGUAUCAGCCGCCGAACUUAGAGCUGAACUUGCCAAAGCACAGCUCACGCAACUUAACAGGAGUACAGCAGCAACACCAACGACGACGGCGGGUCCGAAGUCCGGUCCAACGGACCCGAGGUUCACGGAUGUUGUCAAACUCAGCGACUAUCUACAGCACGGGAGGCGGCCGCAGUUCUGGGAGGAAAAUUAUGUUAAGAGGGUAAUGGAAGCGGUACGCCUCAAAGAGCUGGAGAUGAAGCAAGCGGCUGAAAUACUGGGAGUGAGUUAUGGCACUCUCUAUGGGAGGUAUCGUGACGUAUACGGCUGUAUCAACCGACCGUAUCGGGCUGUGAGAGAUUUCUGGCAAACGAAAGGACCCUCGGAGGUCCUGGAUCGACUACAGAGGGGGGAGAUGACCUUGGAAACGGCAGCACAGUCUCUUGGAGUUAGCAUCGCGAAUUUGGCUGCUCAUUUAGCUGAUUUCGGGUUGCCGGAGAAAGAUUUCGAGCCGAUCCCGAUAGAAAUAGAUCCGUCCCUGAAGGCCCGAUCUCGGACGUACAGCGCGAGUGGUGCGGUCAUCAAUAAACAACAACGGAAAACCCAACCACCCACCACAGCGACCACCGUCACCCCCGCCGUCGUAGGGGGGGAUAAGCCUAUAAAGAAGAUAGUGAUUGGCUCCGUGUCAGAUGAGGAGACAAUCCCAGCGACCGUGAUAUCUACACACGACGCGAAACAGAUACCCCCAUCCACAGCCACUACUACAUCAGGCAAAUGGCCAACGAUCAGAGUGGCGAGCUUAGACUCGUUACGAGGGGGCGAAGUCCCGGCUGUCCCGGCGCCUGCGCCCCCCGCCUCACCGUCCGCCCUCAUGCGGACGCGACCGGACCUUACCAUAGUCGCAGCCAGGCGCUCCGACCAUAAACAAGAAGAGGACGAAGCUACGUGAUGUAUAAAUUAUAAUAAUAAUGUUUAGAAAUUCAAAUCGACCCGCGCUUUUGUCCUUCUAUUUAAAUCUUCGACCAUUUUUCUAUGAUUAUUUUUGUUUU